AUUACAUUAUCUUCUGUGCAAUUCAUUUUAAAUUUUGUCACCGAAAUGGCUUCGAAAAUCUUCACUCCGGUACUCUUGAUCGUGUUUAUCUUUUGUGGUGGUCUGAUUUUUAAAGAAGCUCAGGCUGAAUGUGCAUCUAAAGGAAUAUAUUGUGUAAACGAAACAGCCUACCAGAGUUGUUGGUGGUUUUUAUUUAUUCAAAUUAAUGGAGAUGUAGUAUCUUGUGAUUAUGGUACUAUUUGUGAUGAAUCGGUUGACACUGAGAAUUGUAUUUCAACUUCUUCUACCACUAGUACGACUACAACAGAGUCUGCAACAAGUACUACAGAAUCUACUUCUUCUUCUACUAGUACUACCACUCCUUCAACUACAAGCACUACUGUAUUAACUACUACAACUGCCGAAGCUCACUGUACAUCAAAAGGAAUCUACUGUGUGAAUGAGACUACUUAUAAAACUUGUUGGUGGGUACUAUUCAUUGCAGUUUAUGGAGAUGAAGAGUCUUGUGCUGAUGGUACUGUUUGUGAUGAGACAUAUGGGACUGAUAAUUGUGUCUCAGAAAAUUCUUCUACUAGUAGUACUACUUCAAGUACAAUCAGUACUACUCUGAGUACAACAGAAUCUUCUACUACUUCUUCUAGUACUACCACUACUCCUUCAACUACAAGCACUACUGUAUCAACUACUACAACUGCUGAAGCUCACUGUACAUCCAAAGGAAUCUACUGUGUGAAUGAGACCACUUAUAAAACUUGUUGGUGGGUACUAUUCAUUGCAUUUUAUGGAGAUGAAGAAUAUUGUGCUGAUGGUACUGUUUGUGAUGAGACUUAUGGGACUGAUAAUUGUGUCUCAGAAAAUUCUUCUACUAGUAGUACUACUUCAAGUACAAUCAGUACUACUCUGAGUACAACAGAAUCUUCUACUACUUCUUCUAGUACUACCACUACUCCUUCAACUACAAGCACUACUGUAUCAACUACUACAAGUGCUGAAGCUCACUGUACGUCCAAAGGAAUCUACUGUGUGAAUGAGACCACUUAUAAAACUUGUUGGUGGGUACUAUUCAUUGCAGUUUAUGGAGAUGAAGAAUAUUGUGCCGAUGGUACUGUUUGUGAUGAGACUUAUGGCACUGAUAACUGUGUCUCAGGAAAUUCUUCUACUAGUAGUACUACUUCAAGUACAAUCAGUACUACUCUGAGUACAACAGAAUCUUCUACUACUUCUUCUAGUACUACCACUACUCCUUCAACUACAAGCACUACUGUAUCAACUACUACAACUGCUGAAGCUCACUGUACAUCCAAAGGAAUCUACUGUGUGAAUGAGACCACUUAUAAAACUUGUUGGUGGGUACUAUUCAUUGCAGUUUAUGGAGAUGAAGAAUAUUGUGCUGAUGGUACUGUUUGUGAUGAGACAUAUGGGACUGAUAAUUGUGUCUCAGAAAAUUCUUCUACUAGUAGUACUACUUCAAGUACAAUCAGUACUACUCUGAGUACAACAGAAUCUUCUACUACUUCUUCUAGUGCUACCACUACUCCUUCAACUACAAGCACUACUGUAUCAACUACUACAACUGCUGAAGCUCACUGUACAUCCAAAGGAAUCUACUGUGUGAAUGAGACCACUUAUAAAACUUGUUGGUGGGUACUAUUCAUUGCAGUUUAUGGAAAUGAAGAAUAUUGUGCUGAUGGUACUGUUUGUGAUGAGACUUAUGGCACUGAUAACUGUGUCUCAGGAAAUUCUUCUACUAGUAGCACUACUUUAAGUACUACCACCAGCACUACUCUGAGUACAACAGAAUCUUCUACUACUUCUUCUAGUAGUACCACUACUCCUUCAACUACAAGCACUACUGUAUCAACUACUACAAAUGCUGAACCUCACUGUACCUCAAAAGGAAUCUUUUGUGUGAAUGCGACCACUUAUAAAACAUGUUGGUGGGUACUAUUCAUUGCAAUUUAUGGAGAUGAGGAGUAUUGUGCUGAUGGUACUGUCUGUGAUGAGACUUAUGGGACUGAUAAUUGCGUCUUAGGAAAUUCCUCUACAGAUAGCACUACUUCAAGUACUACAAUCAGUACUUCUUUGAGUACAACAGAAUCUUCUACUACUUCUUCUACUAGUACUACCACUCCUUCAACUACAAGCACUACUGUAUCAAGUACUACAACUUCGUAG